AUGAUCAAAGCGCGAGACAUAGACCGACUAGGCAUCAAUGGAGUGGUCGACCAAAUCAAGUCUCGUGUGAGAAACAGCCGGGUUUAUAUUUCUGUUGAUAUAGACGUGUUGGAUCCAGCCUAUGCACCCGCAACCGGUACUGCCGAACCGGGCGGAUUCACCUCCCGCGAGCUUCUUUCUAUUCUUGAUGGGUUGCGUGGACUUCCUGUCGUCGGUGGUGAUGUCGUUGAGGUUGCGCCUAUCUAUGAUACGGCUGGCGAGACUACCACGCUUGCGGCUGCUGAAGUGGUCAAUUCGCUGUUAGGUCUAAUGGUUGCUACCCCUGUUGCCGCGUGA